ACUGUGGAUGAGCGCGUCGCAGAAAAAGAACUACAACUCCCAGAAUCCCACACUCCGCCGCCGCCUGCGCGGUGGCGAGCAGAGAGAGUCAGAAUUCCCCGCGCUGGGCCGCCGCUGAAUGGCUCAGGUGGGCGUGUAGUGCUGGGCAGCUUAGGUUGAGGGUCUAAGAGGCCUUCACUGCGUGGGUGAGAGGCUAUCCUACGGAUCUGCGGCACUGAGGGACGCCAUGGAGAGCAGGUGCUACGGCUGUGCUGUCAAGUUCACCCUCUUCAAGAAGGAGUACGGCUGUAAGAACUGUGGCCGGGCCUUCUGUAAUGGCUGUCUUAGCUUCAGCGCUCUGGUACCUCGGGCUGGCAACACUCAGCAGAAAGUCUGCAAGCAGUGCCACACAGUCCUGACCAGAGGGCCUUCCGACAACACCUCCAAGUGGUCACCGCCUCAGAACUUCAAGAAGCAUGUGGCAGCCUUGGAAGCCAAGAAAAAGCCCAGUGCUUCCCAGAACCAGGGCUUGACCCAGCAAGACCAAGCCAUCGCUGAUCGCCUAGCUCGGCUCCGUCAGGAAAAUAAGCCCAAGUCAGUACCCUCACAGGCAGAGAUAGAGGCACGGCUAGCUGCACUCAAGGAUGAAGUCCAGGGCACCAUCCCUUCUACACAGGAGAUAGAGAAUCGGCUCGCAGCAUUACAGGGCAGGGUACCACCUUCUCACACCGUGAGACCGGCACACCAGGCACCAGAUGCCAGGACCCAAGCUCAGCAGACGCAGGAUCUGCUAACACAGCUGGCAGCUGAGAUGGCUAUUGAUGACGGCUGGGAACGAGGAGCCCCAGUGGCCCCCCUCCAGAAUGACCUCAACAAGGGAGGUACAAGGAACCAGCACACGAAUUCCCAGGGGCAGGCCAGCCCAUCCCUGAAGGAGGAGAAGAGCAGGCUGCUGGCCCAGGCAGCAGUUGAGCUACGGGAAGAGAACACCAGGCAGGAACGGAUCCUGGCUCUUGCCAAAAGAUUGGCUGUCCUUCAGGGACAGGACCCCAACAGAGUGACCCUCCAGGACUAUCACCUACCAGACAGUGAUGAGGAGGAGGAUGAAGAGACAGCCAUUCAGAGAGUGCUGCAGCAGCUCACCGAAGAAGCUGCCCUGGAUGAGGCAAGUGGUUUUAACAUCCCUGUGGAACCAGCUCCCCGACCCCGGGCCCAGACCUGCAGGGCAGAGACUGAGGCUGAGGGAGAAGAGCUCCCCUGGUGCUGCAUCUGCAAUGAGGAUGCUGUCCUGCGCUGUGCCGGCUGCGAUGGAGACCUCUACUGUGCCCGGUGCUUCCGGGAGGGCCACGAUAACUUUGAUCUUAAAGAGCAUCAGACUUCCGCCUACCACCCCCGACCUCCUGGCCAAGAACACUGAGGAAAACCCUGACGCCUUCCUGAGAUGGCAGUGCCACAGGCAGCAGCCAGCAGGCUGGGACAGCUACCCAGGCCCAGUGUCAGGGCAUCCAGUGGGUAGCAGAUCCAGCUCUACUGAUGGUAAACACACCCUUUUUUGAGCUUUGCAGUCCCUGUAAGGAAGAAAGAGUCCAUUGAAGGUCAUGACUCCUAGAGGAGCCAGAGGGAAGGAGGAGUAAGGGCCCCCUCCUGGAGGCUGGCAUGAAACUGAGAGGCAGAUAGGGAAGACCAGACUGAACCUAAGGAUGAGCCCUGAAACCCAGUUCCAGGGCCCAGCCCUGGCCUAUAGUGGAACUAAUAAAAGAUGUUGUUGAUAAGUUAUUCUAAUUUAAAAUGUAAAAUAAAUAAAUAAAAUGCAUUGUUGAGUCA